GUGGGAUGCUCAGUCCUAUCGCAAUGCUUGUUUACCGGCAGAAGCGGUACAGUGCCUGCUGUGUUGAGUAUUCCAUUCAUAUUUAACCCUUUGCACCCACCUUGGGCUGUCCCGCUGAUAAAGCUCCUUUCAGUUACUGGAGUAGAUUGAAACUUGGGAAAUCGUAUUGUUGUGAGCGUUGCGGGAAAGGAAAGGAAAGGAAAGAUCGAAUCCGGAUUAUAGUUUUAGGCUGCAAACAAUCCUAUGGACACUGCAGCGGGAUUUACAUCCGAGUAAACAUGCAUAGGAUGAUGGAGCUCACUGCUGUGCUAUAUAUCAGCUAUGUGUACGCAGGAGAAAAACAGUUGAACGCGAUUUCGUACGACUAGAAGCCAAAGUUUUAUUUUGGUUGAGGGGCAAAGAGGGCAAUCCCAGUUCCAGGGUAGGCAUAAUAAAUGGGGGCGGGGAUUACUGCAUCUACCAUAGCAGCCAAUGCCAAUAGUCUGAUUAUAGUCGUCACAUCAGUUGAGAAGCACCAUUGCAGCUCCGCGCAGUCCGUUGAUGUGAGAACGCUCCUCGCUGUCAUGAAUCAUACGCGUCUCAUGGAUGAAUGACACUGAAACAGCUAAGUCUAGAGCUGGAAUAUUUUAAACGAUAAUAGAAAUAUUCCGGCUCCUCCUUUCUGAGCAAUAAAAACUGCAGUCCAUAAACCACUAGAGUAAAGGUAAAGUGUGCCGUCGAGUCGGUGUAGACUCCUGGCGACUGAAGAACUAGUCUCAGAUUCCAGUGAUUCUGAAGGUUGCCUCAAGCAAGGUCCCCCCGGCAUCUGAAAGAAAAGGACACAAGUAUUAUUUGCUCUCGUCCUCUGCAAGAGAGAAUCCAGGAGUUUUCUGGACACAGCGAACACUAUCGCUUGCAUUAUGAACACGUCACAAGUGUUCAUGCACGAUCCCUCCUUAUUCUUCUCCCCAUGAACGCAGAUUCUUGAACCUGCCAUUUUUAUAAUCCGAGACCCUGUGUUUACUCAGAAUAACAUUUCCAGUGAAGCAGCUGAGCUAUAUGGGACUUCAAAUAAAUGCGCACAAGGGAUCGUUACUGAAAUUGAAACAGCCCAGGCUGGAGGAGGGAGUAAACAAGAAUAGUGCUUCCAGGAGUCCAACGUUUGAUGUGAAGACCACGUAACCGCUUUGCCAGUUAGUCGUAGCGUUUGUACCGGUCAUCUUAAAAGGAAGAUUAGGAGUGAACCCUGUCCAAACUUGAAAGUGCUGCGUCCCCUUUAAGCCUACCCUCUUGGUCUCGGACCCCCUCCCUCGCUUCCAGGUCCCGCCUCCUUAUGAUGCAUGACACGCCGAUCCGUGGCUGGCGAAGCCUCUUUUUAAUUGAGGCUGUCAGGGUGAGCCUGCGAUGAAACGAGCGAGAGGACGCAGUGACUGUAGCAGCAGCGUCUUAAAGCUAAGCGAGCAACAGUCACCUUUCCAGGGGAGGGGAAGCCUCUAGGCUUGCAAUCCGCAGCAAGUAUCCUCCUCCCCAGAGGUGGGAAGAGAAGAGCCAGUCCCCCGCCCGCCUUCUGCUCCUGCAAGUGGAUGGAAACAUCUUUGCAGCAAGUGAGGAGACCGAGAACGGGAGCGACCAUCUGCUUCAGCUUUGGGAUAGCUAGAGCUACGCGAGCCCCGUGGUACCACCCGGAUCGCCUUUUUUGCAUUCUAAUCUUUCGCUUUACUCGUGUCUUCGGUGGUUUGCGGGAGAUUUAAGGCACUCUUUCCCCCCUCCCCCGCGGCCACCGUGAUUUGCUUUCCACGCGCGACCAUUCUCUCCUCCUAAUUUUGAGCUCUUCUCUUCCACCACCCCCCUUGCGAUCCUCAUGAAAAAUCACAUCUGGGGCAGCUCCCCCCGAGCUCCCAUGGCUGCAGCGAUGCCGUGGAAGAGCGUGGAGUGGCUGCAGGAGGAGCUGGAGUCCAGCGGGGGCAGCUCGCUUUUGCUUCUCGACUGCCGCCCCCACGAGCUCUUCGAGUCCUCGCACAUCGAGACCGCCAUCAACUUGGCCAUCCCGGGCCUGAUGCUCCGGCGCCUCAAGAAGGGCAACCUGCCCAUCCGCUCCAUCAUCCCCAACAACGAGGACAAGGAACGCUUCGUCAAGCACUGCAAGGCAGACACCGUCUUACUCUACGACGAGGCCACGGCCGAGUGUCAGCAGGACAGCGGCGCUCCCACCUCCGUGCUCGGCCUCUUGCUGCAGAAACUACGCGAUGACGGGUGCAAAGCCUUUUACCUGAAAGGUGGAUUCAACAAAUUUCAGACUGAAUACUCAGAGCAUUGUGAAACCAAUCUUGACACUUCUUCUCCUACCAACUCUCCUCCUGCAUCUGUCCUUGGUCUUGGAGGGCUGAGGAUAAGCUCUGAUUGUUCAGAUGGCGAGUCUGAUCGGGAGCCAAGCAGUGCCACAGAAUCUGACGGGAGUCCAAUCCCAAACAACCAGCCUGCCUUUCCUGUCCAGAUCCUCCCCUAUUUGUAUCUGGGCUGUGCCAAAGAUUCCAGCAACUUGGAUGUCUUGGGCAAAUACGGCAUCAAGUACAUCCUGAACGUUACUCCCAACCUUCCUAACAUGUUUGAGCAUGACGGAGAAUUCAAGUACAAGCAGAUUCCCAUCUCGGAUCACUGGAGUCAGAAUCUCUCCCAAUUCUUUCCUGAGGCCAUUGCUUUCAUUGAUGAGGCUCGUUCGAAAAAGUGUGGUAUUCUUGUUCACUGCCUUGCCGGCAUCAGCAGGUCUGUAACGGUAACUGUUGCCUAUUUAAUGCAAAAGCUCAACUUGUCUCUGAACGAUGCCUAUGACUUUGUGAAAAGGAAAAAGUCCAAUAUCUCCCCAAACUUUAACUUCAUGGGCCAGCUCCUGGACUUUGAAAGGACUUUGGGACUCAACAGCCCAUGUGACAACCGCUCCCCCAGCGAGCAGCUCUAUUUCACCACCCCAACUAAUCACAACUUGUUUCAGCUGAACACUUUGGAGUCCACAUGAAGGGGAUUUUCUUUGGGGGACCCCAAGCCUUGAAUAGCUUCUCUUGAGCAUUUCAAAGUAAUUAAAGGAAAGUCUUUCCAGUCAGCCUUGAAAAGAACUGGUUUCUCCAAGCAGAGCUGUCUGACUGCUGCUUUACUGAAAAGGCUUAUGCUAUUUAUUAGUAUUCUGAUGCUAAUCAAAAUGGGUUCAGAGGAGUUACCUUACCAGAGUUAUUUAAUGUGGGGGAUAGCCUGGCAUUCUGAACACAGCUGUUACUGGCAAUAACUGCUUUCCUGAGUGUGUAGAGACUGACACAAUGCACAACCACACACAAGCAUAUCGCACGUACCUACAAAAGCUACUAGUGCGUAUUUGGUUGGUAUGGAAAGCAAUGGAGACUUAUGCACUUGGCAACCUUGACCAAUAAGUGUUGGCCGGAGACUGUUUUAAAACCCAGUUUACUUUUUUAAAAGGAGGUGAUCUUUGCUCUUUCUUGGGCUCAAACUCUUUUUAAAUAUGUAUGUUCUUGACUGUUUGUACAGACAAGGUUGCAAAACCAGUAUUUUAUUCUGUUUUUGUUCGAUUCGUGUUUCUAAGAGAAAGGAAAAAAGAAAAGAAAAAUCAAACGUUUCUAUUGACCAAAUGCAUUUUGCACACUUUGUAAAGCCUUGAUAUAUUCUGGCAUGUUACUGGGUACUGGGGGGAGGCGGGGGCAAGCGAGCAAGUGUGAGAGAUAAAGACACCUGUUGCUGCUGUUGGCUGUUAGCAUCUGGUUGGCAUUUUCAUGACUUGUGAGGGCCAGUUGGUGAUAAUCCCCCUCUGCACCAUACUCACAUUCACAGUCUCUUCUGCACUGAAUCAGCCAAGGUGACUAAGCGCCAAUGUGCUUUUAAAAUGAAAACAAAAGCCCACCUUUGCCAAAAAACUAAACCCUAUCUAUCACCAAUUACCACUCAGUUUGAUGUUACCUGAGAUUAAAUCUCGCAUAACCUCCCUUCAGAGCUGGAAGAAGCUUGUUUUGAGGCUCCCAGUUGCACUGCGCAGCCUGUUAUGACUGUUAACAUCACCAGCUAGCCUGAAAUCAUUCCAGCUUCCUAAGCGAUGAAAAUACUUUCAAUGAAGUUGGCACAUAUCUGGGACACUUGAUUUGUGUGUGUGGAGGGAGGAGGAGGAGGAGGAGCAGCAGCAGCAGGGAGGUGUGGAGAAACAUCCACUGUUUUAAAAGGAGCAGAGCAGAGACUCUUCAGUGCCAGAGGACAACUCUCAUAUGAACCACAGGAGGGCACAGAAUUAUCCUAUUUAGAAAGGGGUAGGGAAACAGGUGGAUUUCUGAGGCCAUUGGAACCUUCUGGUUAAUUUCUUUUUCUGGGUGACUUUUUUGCUGUGCCUUCUACAACAAGAAGUCUUGUUUAUAUUUCUCACUGAUGUAUGGGAGAAUACAUCUUGUAUUAUACUGGAAGAGGGAGAAGUGGUGCUUAUCUUUGUCAGGGAGGAGGCAGAACGGACAUGGAGAAAUAUUAUUGGUUGCAGUAUAGUUCCUCCUCUUUCAUAUCUCCCUUUUCACUUUCACUUUUACUCUCAAAGUAACUUCUAAAAGCCACGGAUUUCCCCCCCCAAAAUAUCCAGUUUUAUACUUUUUUCAAAAUAGAUAAAUCUCUUUGUGGAAGAAUGUUUAAUGCUGUCACAUGCAUUUUUUUAAAAGAGAGAUAUUACCAGAAUAUUGGAAUGGCAUUUUUGUUUUGUUUUUUGUUCUUUUUUCAAUGUAACAAUGUUUGGGUUGUUGGGUCAUCAGGGCAGGAAAAAAGGAGCACUAGGUGUGGAUGAACAAGUAAAUGAGGAAUCUCCUAACUGCAUCUUACCUCAAGGGGGACUUUUUAUUUUUCAGGGAUUUAGACAGUGCAUCUGUAUCUUGUUAAGCUGGUUUGUAUAAAAAGGCUUCCUGUGCCAAUGGUGGUCUUCUUCAAGAUGCAUCCUUUUUGUAUAAAUGCGAGUUUGUUAAGUGAGAGACAGCUUUGCUUUCUGUGUUUAUGAAGGAAAAAUAUUGACCCUAUAUAUCCUGAACCCAAUAUUGGGACUCUGUUUAUAUUUCAAAUAAAUAUUAUUUUUUCUUUAAAAAAA